GUUUCCUUUGUUUGGGCUGAAGCCUGAACUGUAACUAUCCCUUGCUUCACCAGUAAUGCAUACACGGUACCAAACCACGCAAACCCACAGCCGCAGCACGUGAGUUCACUGCCUCUUUCUGCUGCCCUCGCAAUAGUAGCUUGCCUUUUCAUCUCAUUGUUACCGUACGGUAGCGUUUACGGCAUGUACGGUGAUGCCGUACGUAUAUGCAGGCACGCACCCCUUCCGCCACAGAGCUUCAUUUCCGUACGCUGGAGGCGCUUUUUCGCGCGCUGAAGGCCCAGGCUCCAGAUGCUCGGCUGCUGGCGCCGCUGCUUUCCUCCUCGUCCUCCUCUUCCUCAUUGGCUUACUCCACUUCUCCGCGUUUCCACAACACGUCGUUAACAGCAGCAGCAGAGGCAGAAGCCGCAAGUGACACUCAGCAGCAGGGGGCUCAGCCGUGGCGAAGCAAGUACGACGAGACAGUUGCGCUGCCGUACCAGGCCGAAGUGGACCUGGUCUACACAGACUCGUACGGCCGCAGGGUGGGUGUCAUACUGACCACCCUUGGAUCCAGUCGCCGUACACCGGGCGAGCAAGCCGCCAUGCAGCAUGCCCUCAAGCUGGCUGCUGGCUGGAGGACGGAGGCAGUGGAGGCGGCAAAGGAUGCGGUGGAGAAACCGCCGACGCGGCGGCGGCGGCGGACUUCGCCAACAGUGGAGCGCCAAGUUUCCUUGCUGGCGACGGCGGCGACGGCGGCGAUGGCACCAGCAGCGACGGCGGCGACAGAGGAGCCGACUCAGUCAGUGGGGGAGGUAGUGGCGGCGGAGAGUGCGCCGGUGCCACCGCCGGCGCGGCGGCGGAGGCGAAAGUCGGCUCAAAGCCAGGACGGAGCUGCGAUGGCGGCAGCGGCGGAUGCAGUGGCGCCGGCAGCGCCGCUAGAAGCGGAGAGUGCGACCGCCGUCGUCGUAGCAGCUGCGGCGAUUGCCAGCGCCGCCAUUGGGCUGUUGCAGGGCGUGGCGGCGGUGGCGAGUGCGAGUGCGGCGGUGUCACAAUCGCUGUCGCGAGCGGCGCCGCCCCCGCCGCUGGCGACUGCGACGACCGAUUCACCAUGGCACGACUGUGACGCAGUUGAGAAGGCCGCCGUCAGUUCCGUGGCGGCGAUAGAAUCCAGAAUGUCUUCAUCGUCAUUGCCGCGUGCCGGCGAAGCGGCUACUGCUGCUGCCCCUACCGCAGCAAUAGGACGUCAAGAUCCAAAUGCAGAUAAGCGAUUAGAUUUAAGAUCCGAUCUGGGUCAGCAGUUGGACGAGAUCCUGUGCUUGGAGCUAGAGCAUGAUUGGUUUCACCUACGAGAAAGGUACUACAGUAUCGCCUGCAAGCGGGGACAGUGGAUGUGCGCGGAAGACAAGGAGGAUGUACUGCAGGCGAUUGGAUCAGCGAUGUCGUACUUAGAUCUGCCUUGGGAGGCCCAACUGGACAUGUUGUGGCAGGAACUCGCAGAUGCAGGUGCGCCGCCUCCCAUUCGUGUCUUUGCAUGCGCUUAAUGGUCCUGACCCUACCAGCCUACAUUGUUACGUCCGUUGUGGCAGCUAGGGUGGUUAGGGACGCUAGGGACAGUCAGCGCCUAGAGGUGAGUGCCUGGAGUUCAGCAGGGCACUGGGUACGACAUGCAUCGUGCGGUUGUUCCUAUGAGAUGUACUGUUACCGCACUUGGUACAAAUGUGUUUCGUACCUGUAUGUGUCAUUCACUAUUGAGGGGUGGUACAUAUGGUGUCACGUGUAGGGCGAUACAAGGAAGAGACAAAUUGGAAUGUGCCCGCUGAAGUGCAUGUGAGCAGUUGAAGGAGAUUCGAGGGUGUGUGCCGAAGAUUUUUGUACACAUUUGACUGGGGUCACGAGAGAGGGAAAGAGAGAGAGAGAUAGUUUGCAGGGCGCAUGCUACGAGUGGGGUUUGCCAAUGUUGGAUACCCAUGACAAUCAGUCCUGUGUUUAGUUACGCGGAAACAAGAGCAAUCAGGUCUGUAUUUGUCUAGCUUGUCAGGCGACAGAGCAUGGUGAGGGUAGAUGUAGAUGUAAGGCUAGGGGCCCGGUCAAGGAUUAUGCAAAUGUGCUGGCGCAGCAGGGGGGGGGGUAAAAAAGUCUUUGCCAAACCCCAUGCUAAAAAAGUCAAGAAAGGGGUGCCGGAC